CCCCGAGGGGCCGGGGUGGGACAGGGGCUCACAGAAUGGGGACAGGCCGGAGGAGGACCGUCUGGAGCAGAGCGCGAGCAGCUGCAGCACGGCGGGCGUGGACAGCCCUGCCCCAUCCAGCAGCUGCACAGACCUGUCUCAGACAUCCUCACCCUCCCUGUCAGACCAGCUCCUUCUGGGUCGGGAGGACGCCACAGGGGCGGGGAUCAACGUCGAAUGCCGAAUCUGUGGGGACAGGGCCUCGGGCUUGCACUACGGUGUUCACGCCUGCGAAGGCUGCAAGGGGUUUUUUCGAAGGACCAUCAAAAUGAAGCUGGAGUACGAGCGCUGUGAGCGCAGCUGCCCCAUCCAGAAGAAGAGCCGCAAUAAGUGCCAGUACUGCCGCUUCCAGAAGUGCCUGGCACUGGGCAUGUCUCACGAUGCGAUCCGAUAUGGCCGGAUGCCGGAGGCGGAGAAGAGGAAGCUUGUGGCUGGGCUGCUCGCCAAAGAGACGGGCGUACAGAGUCCCGGUGGCUCUGACCUCAAAUCUCUGGCCAAGCAAGUCAACAGCGCCUACCAGAAGAACCUGAACAUGACCAAGAAGAAGGCUCGUAGCAUCCUGACCGGCAAGAACAGCGCAUGCCCGCCCUUUGUGAUCCAUGACAUGGACUCGCUCUGGCAGGCCGAGAACGGCCUGGUCUGGAACCAGCUCAUCAACGGCGCGCCCACCAACAAGGAGAUCGGGGUGCACGUCUUCUACCGCUGCCAGUGCACCACCGUGGAGACGGUCCGGGAGCUGACGGAAUUUGCCAAGAACAUCCCGGGCUUCGUAGACCUCUUCCUCAACGACCAGGUGACGCUGCUGAAGUACGGCGUCCAUGAGGCCAUCUUCUCCAUGCUCCCCUCUCUGAUGAACAAGGACGGGCUGCUGGUGGCCAACGGCCGCGGCUUCGUCACGCGCGAGUUCCUGCGCAGCCUGCGCCGGCCCUUCAGCGAGAUCAUGGAGCCCAAGUUCGAGUUCGCCGUCAAGUUCAACGCCCUGGAGCUGGACGACAGCGACCUCGCCCUCUUCGUGGCCGCCAUCAUCCUCUGUGGGGACCGCCCGGGCCUGAUGAAUGUGAAGCAGGUGGAGGAGAUGCAGGACAACAUCCUCCAGGCCCUCAACCAGCACCUGCAGACCAGCCACCCAGAGUCUGCGUACCUCUUCCCCAAGCUGCUGCAGAAGAUGGCCGACCUCCGACAGCUGGUCACCGAGAACGCCCAGCUGGUUCAGAAGAUCAAAAAGACAGAGUCCGAGACGUCGCUGCACCCGCUCCUCCAGGAGAUCUAUAAAGACAUGUACUAGGCCCAGAGAGUGCUUUCACACAAGCAGUCACAGACUCAUUACCCAGGAGCUGUUACAGAGCCCAGUUGAAAAUACUUUUAUUUUGGGGAGUUUGGUGCUGGUCCUAAAGUGUGUGUUCUGGGAAAAUACCACACACUGCAAACCAAGAGUCUCCCAUUUUCUCUUUUCUAUGGAUGAUCAUCACUAUUUUUGUAAACAGAUUUUUUUUUUAACUAGACCCUCCAAUCUUAAGGUUUUUACAGUGGCCCACCUCUUUUCCCGUAGUGUAGAGGAUCAUCAGUGUUUUUGAUCAGCGUGCUUGCUGUCUCAGUUUUGGAGACACAGUAAAAUCAUUAGCUUGUCUGGAGUUGUUACAGAUCUGAAAAGAACCAGCGGGGUAACGUUACAUCCAUAUUGCUGAUGUUGGACGAGCAAGGACCGUUUCCCUACCUGGGGUGUUUCUGAAAUGGGAAGCGGGCACAAAUAUGUACCAUAUUCUGAACCUCCUGUGGGGUCAUGUGACCACAGUAGCACUUUCUCAGAUUCUUCCAAGCCAAGUAGCUGAGGGCCACUUAACAUACAGUCCCCUCCAAAAGUAUUGGAACAGCAAGGUCAAUUCCUUUGUUUUUGCUAUACACUGAAGACAAUUGAGUUUGAGGUCAAAAGAUGUACAUGACAGACAGAUCCGAAUUUCAGCUUUUAUUUCUUUCUAUUUUUAUCUAGAUUUGUGAAACGACUUAGAAUAUGUCACCUUUUGUAUCAGACUACCCAAUUUAUAGAUGAGAAAAAGUAUUGGAACAUGUGACUAAUUGGGAGGAACUUCAUGAUGCCGCAAGACAAUGACCCAAAACACACUGCCAACACAACAAAGGACAUCAUUAGGGAGAAAAGUUUGAGACUGGGCAAGUCAAUCAGCAGACCAUAACCCAUUUGAGCAUGCAUUUCACCUCCUCAAGAGGAGACUGAAGGCAAAACCCCCCAGAACAAACAACAACUGAAAGUGACUGCAGUAAAAGCCUGGAAAAGCAUCACAAAAGAAGAAUGAAACAUUUGGUGAUCGCAGGCUUGAUGCAGUUAUUGCUAGCAAGGGGUAUGCUACCAAAUAUUAAGUGUUAUUUACUUUCAUUUACUUAAAUACUCUCUUCCAAUACUUUUGCUCACCGAAAGAUUGGGUAGUCUGAUACCAAAGUUGCUAUGUUAUUAGUAGUUUAACACAUCUAGGUCUAAAUACCAGGAAAUAAAAGCUGAAAUUCUGAACUCUUGUCUCACGUUUAUCUUUUUAUCUCAACCUCAAAUGUAUUCAGUGUACUGCAAAAACAAAGGAAUUGACCUUGCUGUCCCAAUACUUUUGGAGGGGACUGUGGACUGUAUUUACAGCACACAGAUCCGCUGUAAUUUACGCCCCCCUCAGAAGCAAGGACCUAUGGAUUCAGUUUGCCACUGACACAUCUGAACAAAUCCAUUGUCAAUGCACAGACAUCUUGUUUUCUGAGCACUGAAAUCAUCGCAUUGAAGUAUUUCCAGGUACUGACCUGUACCAUUGAGAGAAGAGUUUAAAGAAUCCAAAUAUACCUCACACCCAAGACACUUACAGUAUAAUGGACAAAUGUUGGACAAAAAGAUCUAAUAUACUUCCAGCCGAGCUCAUUUUUUAUACUGUGGAUCAAUGGGAUUUUUAACAAAUACUUGGGAGGGACAGUUCUCAAAGUUUGUUUUAUUACCUGAUAAGAGGACUGUUUAAAAUUGAAUUAAAAAAAAGUAUUAUUUGCUUAUGUUUCAGUAGGACAGAUUCCUCCCCACCUUGAAACUUAAAGUGAUGCUGACAGGGGCUUAGACUGUUUUUAAUACCACCAGGCCAUGGAGUUUAGGCCACUUUAAGCCAUACACAGGGUAAUGUUGCAACAUGCUUUAUUCACAUAGAUUAUACAAUGCUAAAAGAUUUGAUAAGUAAAUAUUCAGAUAUUAACACAAACAAAUCUUACUUGGCUAACAUCAGUGCGGGUGUGGCAGGUUACCUAAUGGGAGGCAGCGUCAUCAUCAUAUCUAAUAUCUCAGAUUGCUUUAUAUUUACUUUGUCUAUCUGAGUCAGUUGUCAACAGUGCAAUAUAAGUAGGCCAAAUUCAAUUUUGGUUGAUAUCUUGUGAGAGAACUAUGCAGGACAGAAUAGUUGUAACUAAAUUCAGUUUAAAGCGGUUUACUUUACACACACUUGUGCAGUUUAUUAAAAGAAUGUCCCGAGGAUGUUGCCUGUAAUUAAUGUGGUAGCUACUUAUUAGACUUUUGUCUAGGUUAGAAGAAUGAUCAUAGUUCAUUUUUCAUUUUUAUGAACAUUCAUUAUUUGCCCAGAUUAUUUGCUGAAAAAACUUUGAUUUGGUACCCUGCUUGGCAGGUGUAACAGCAGUGCCUGACCUGACCCAAACUUCCAGCCUUCUGAUGGCUUGUUUCCCUAAACCCUUGCUCCACACUGCAGACUUAUAGAGUGCUUGGUUUCUGAAGUAUUACAUUUAGAAAAAUAUUGUCACUCUCUUCUAAAAUGUUAGAUCCUCAUUAUUUUUUGUGUUAUUGUUAUUAUCAUGAGUAGAAUUAUUGUAUACUUGAAAUAAUUAUCUUUGUUCUGAAUCCCUCAUCUUUUAAAGUAAAGGAUUAUAUUAAAGUAGAACAUUCGUAUAGGCCAUCAUUGAACACUAAUAUUUCUUCUUGUAUUGAGGGACCCGGGUACAUUCCAGGAAGGCAUCAUUUCAGAAAAAGGAACCGCAUUACGCCCCCUCAGUCUCUCUAUGCACCCACACUGAUGUCAGCAAGUUAGGCGUUAUCAAGGAAUUUUUUUUUUUUUUUUUGUGGUUUUUUUUCUUGCGCAAAAUAUUAGCAAGUUCAGUAAUACAGCCACCAGCAGCCAUUCUGUGGAUUUAUCUCUAUAAUGUGUUUUUGUAUGAGUUGCUGAAACCGUGUCAGUGGAGCUUUAAUAAACUCACCUGUUACCAUUUCCGUCUGUCCAUAA